AUGAUUUCAUCAAUUUUAUUUCAUUCUGGCAUAAGAUAUUACUUAAUACAAGAUGGGGGUCGGCCGUUUGGCCGACCCUAUCUUGAUGGACAGGGGGCAACCAUAAGAAUCAACAUCAAGACAGACCCAACGCAAACCCUAGCGGUCGAAUGUUCCCGAAGGCUGGCCCCCCGAAGGGGUUGGCGGAAAGCGCUGCAAACGCAGCAACCUGCUCCAAGGAAACUUGCGAUGCCAGAGGCCCCUAUCAAGGGGCACCGAAGGCCCCCGCGAGGGGUAUCGAAGACCCCCCAAGGGGGUAGCGCGAGAUGGGGCGCCGCCUGAAGGCGUCCGCCCAAGGUUUCCGACCCACAGACCCGAAGGUCCUGGCGGUCGGAAAGUUUGCCCGGCCCCCUUCAAGGGGGUACUGAAGACCACCCCCAGGGGAGUGGCGCGAAGGGCGGCAUGCAACAUCGCGCGAGGGCGUCCGCUCGGGGUUCCCCGAAGGCCAGCCACCCAAGGGGUCUGACGGAAAGCUUGCAGAAAAACAAACGCCCUGCAAGUUUGCGAUGCCCACGGCCCCGCUCAUAGGAUAGCGAAGACCCCCAAGAGGGUACCGGAGAGCCCCCGAAGGGGUUGGCGCCGAAGGCCCUCACGAGGGGGUAGCGCGAGGUGGGGCGCCGAUCGUUCGACGGCGCCUGCCUGGGUGGGGUUCCCCCCCAUCGGUGGAUCGCUCGGCCCCCCGGGCGGUGCGGCCAAAUGGAGUUUCGCAAUAGCAGGAACGGGCAUGAGGCCUGUGCUUCCCGGGGCCCCCUCCCGGGGUAUCGAAGACCACACCAAAGGGGCGCCGAAUGGGAAGGCCAUUCUAGGAGGGUCGGGGUAGCCGAAGCUGCGCCGCAGCCUGAAGGCAUGCACCCCUCCGCCCGCGGCCCCCCGAAGAUGGCCGCCCAAAGGGACAGGCGCGCGGGAAGCAAACCCGCAAAGGCGGGAAACAAACCCGCAAAAGCAGAAACGUGUUGCGGGUUCGCGGUGCCCGAGGCGCCCAACACAUGGCACCGAAGACCCCCCCGGGGGGCGCCGAAGAUCCCCGACGGGGUAAACAAAGAAGACCCCGAAGGCCCGCUAUGUGGCCCGCCAAAAGGUCGGCUGGCUGGGAACUUAGCAAAGGCUGCGAAGCCCGUCCGAUGGCUGCCGCCCUUGCUUCAGGCGGUGUGGAAGGGCCCGCGAAAGGAUACCGGAGACGCCCCGGAGGCGGGACACCACAGGCCCCCCGAUUGGGGAGCGGGCGCGAUGAGGGGCGCCGCCUGAGGUUGCCCGCCCGAGGCGCCCCGGGCGCUGAUCGGCUCCCCGAGAGGUUGGUCCGGCGGAAAGCUCGGAAAGGCAGGCACCUGCCCCCCCCCAAGUCUGCGACAGGUACCGAAGACCCCCGCCGCCCCGAACGGUAUCGAAGGCCCCCCAAAAGAUAUCGAAGACCCCCCGAAGCAAAGGGCAUCGAAGACCCCCCGAAGGGGUAUCAGAGACCCCCCCCGAAGGGGUAUCGAAGACCCCCCGAAGGGGUACCGAGGGCCCGCCCUCCAACAAACAAAGGUUGGGCGGGCGAGGCGGGACGCCACCUGAGAGCGUCCGUCCGCCGGAGGUUUCCCGAAGGGAGGCUGGCCGGCCCGCCUCACGCGGGGCCCGGCGGUCGGAAACUUCGCAAAGGCCGAAACCUGUGCCAAGGAAGCUAGCUUGUGGCGCCCUACCUCCCCAUAACCGCGCAGGGCAGCCGGCGCUCAACUCCGCCGGCUGCAUUUCAACACCGUGGACCCUUCUGGCAGGCGGGGCUCAGAGCGCUAGUGAGAAGGUAGGUGGCAGGCGUAGCCGGGGAGCUCGCAGGGCGAACGCCUGCGCUAUUUGCGCGCAGGGUAAUCCGGUCGCCUAACCUCCGGCGCCCUGGAUUCUUCUGGCAAGGCCCAGAGCGCUGCAGCCUAGGGGGCUCGCCUGGACACGGAAUCGCGCAAAGGGAACAGCUGCGCCACCUGCGCCCAAGUGCACUGCGGCCGACGACACUCCGGCGCCCUUGGCCCUUCUCGCGCCGCUCCCUCAGAGCGCUCGCUGGGGUGUGCGCGGCUGGUUUGGUCACGGAAAGGCGCAAGGCGAACAUGUUGGCGCCGGACUUUCGCGUAAAUCCAGACGCCGGACUUUCGCUCAGGGCACAGGAACGUCGGCGGUUGGCCUGGGCACGAAGGGCACCGAGCGGGCGUCUGCGCGACUUGCGAGCGCGCAAACGAACCGGAAAAACCAUAGCGGCUCAGUCAGCCCUCCCGCGCUGGCGCUGCAGCUUGCUCGCCCGGCCGCCUUCGCGGGCCGGCGGAUGGAACACACAGGCACAACCCUGAUGGCGCCGCUCGCUCGUCCCAGAAAGUCGCAAGACGGGCAAACUGUGUCGCGCGGCGGGGCGGAAAUGAAAAAGAAACUAAAGCGACCAUGCCCCCCCGCGGGCGUUUAAACUAAAGCGGCCCCGCUUACCUCCGGAAGCAGAAAAUAAACGAUCGAAGCAAAAGCAGCACCACCCAGCGGGCACAUCACAAACCGGCCGAGGCAAACCCGAGCGGCCCCACCCCCAUUAGAACACGGGGCGCCGCAAUCAUGGCGGCCCCACCCGCAUCCGGUGCGGAGCUCUAGCGAAGCCGAAGGUGGUGCCGAGGCCGAAGAGCAAAGAAAGCCGCGGCCCCAAAGGCGGUCGGAUGGAAACCUUCCCGAUGGCCAAGGCGUCGGGCAAGGCAGGGGGGGACAGGCAAAGGCCAGAAGAAAUACGCGCGCGCGCCGCGUGGCGCGACCGACGCACGGACGGAAAGAACCUGAGCGGCGUCGCCCGGCACGCAACUUAAGCGGCGGGCGCCGCCCGCCAAUGGAAACUAACAAACGGAACAAAAGCGGCGCCGCCUACACCAAAAAGCGAGUCAAACCAUAGCGGCCCCGCCCGCGUUUGAACGUGGAGCAGAAAACCGUGGGGACGCCGCUUGAAGACGCCGUGCCAAAAUUAUCUGAAGGCCCUUCGGAGGCCCCCCGAAGGCCCCCCAAAGGCCCCCCGAAGGGGUGCGCGGAGGCCGAAGGCCCCGCGAAGGCCCCCCGAAGGCCCCUCAAAGGGGGGGGCGAAAAGGCCCCCGCAAGGGGGGUCGGAAAAAAAUUUACGGCAGGUUUUCGAGGCCCGAGGCCCCCCCGAGGCCUCCCCAAGAGGCCCAUCGAACCUCGGGCGAGGGGGCUCAUUGAACCCCCUUCGGGGGGUCAGCGAUAGUUCUUGGCCGAUUCUCGGUCGACCAAGGGGUUGCGAAGGGGGUUCAUUGAGGGGCCGAAGGCCCUUCAAAGAGCAAAAUCAUCAUUAAUAGUAGUUAAUUUAAAUUUAAAUAAAAAAAACAGUUCCUUCAGGCACAGACUCCAAAUUUUUACCUUGCAACUGCGAAAAACAGGACUACAAUGCAACUUUUAGAGCAGCACUGCUUUGUGACCUUCCCAACUGGUAGACUUUCAACUUUCAAGACCGACAACAGCGUAAGUUUUCAACAACUUCUAUUUUUCUCGUCUCAACUUUCAGACUUUAUCUUUUCCUUUUCAACAAGAACGCUUUACUUUUCAAAAACGACUUUAAGAGUUUUACGUUUAGUUUUCAAAAUAGUAUCUAUCGUUUUCUGUUGCCAGGUUCGUGUAGUUGUCCAACAGAAAAAGGUUUUUCUAUGAGGGUCCAAGCCACAAGUUGCUUGCCCAGCUUGUCUUUUUGUUGAAGUAGCGCUAGCCACGUGAGAGAAAGCAAAAAACUUUCAAGAGGUUCCGCGUGACCACUCACAACAAACAAACAAACAAACAAGAUAUUACUCAAAAUAGAAAUAUAAGAUAGGCAUAUUAGGACGAUAAAUUUUUUAUGGGCGUUCACAACAUUUCUCAUUCUGAUUCUUCCAGCAUACAAGCUAUUUCACUGUAUCUGCAGUUUUUAGAAGUUCAGAAGCAUCAAAAAAUCUAUCCGAUAAAAAAGUUGCUUUUACUGUACCUGAUGUGACGAGUUACAUGCUGGCUUAAUGCCGCAGAGAAAUGUGCCACCAUUAAUUAUGUCAGUAUACCAAGCUGCUUUUUUUUUUCAUUCUUUUUAAAUGUACUUCUCGCAUGAUCUCACCACAGCCACGGCCAUGUCAAGAAUGUCAUCUCUAUGGAGUGGGCCUGUGCGCGUGGGGUCGUGAGCUUUGUCUCUUGAGCGACACGAUUUUAUUUAUUUCUGUGUAGCAACCCUUUUUCAUUUUCUUUUUCUUUAUGGUGGAGCUGCCGCUGAGGCAAAAUGCUAUCAACGUAAGAAGUGCUCGCGAGAGAGCUUUUUCUAUUCGUCAAACGAUCCAUUUUUUUUUCCGAUAGACGAUGCAUGUCCAAGAGCAAACACGCAAUUUUGUCUUCUGGUUUUAGAGUAUUAAUUGAGUUGUGGAAUUAAGGUGAAGCAUGCAAUGGAAGAUAGAAGACAUUUUGUUUUUGAUUUUGGUACAGUGCAACUUGCUAGUACCUGUUCCAGGUUUAUGAUUUUGGUUUUCAGGGUGGGAGUAAAGCUAAAGGCGAUAGAAAAUCAGAGUUGUUUUAUGCUUCAAGAAUUUUGUUGUGCCAUGGACAUGGUUUAUUGCUGUCGAUACUGCGAUAGCGAUUUACAUACCGAUACCGUGCCAUGGUAAAAACCUUUUUUGCACCUUCAGUAACUGCUGUAGGCAACUGCAUGAAGAUCCAUCUUCAUGCGCCGCAGUAGAAGCAAGGUGGGUAUUAAAAGAGAUUUUUGGAUAAAUCUACAAAGUUGCUUUGUUAUUGUUUGAUCAACAAAUUAUACAAAGGGCUCUUCCUAUUACUGGGCACAGCGGUCGUGGUGGUAACAAGGUGAGAACGUUUGAGAUUGGAGGAAAAAGGAAGCGUAUCAGGUAGAAGAAGCUUUACCACGGCAUUUAUUCACUCUCCCUGUUUUCCUAUAGAGGGUGACUAGGUGUAUGGAAAUUGCCCCUACUUAUGUUGUUGUUUUGUUUCUAAUGGGGGACGAGAAGAUGGAAAUAAAGUAUAACCGCUGUACUUACAAGAAAGCCAACGUGGCAUUUGGGGAAAAAAAAUACAGCAGCUGCAGACUACGCUAUCUAGUAUCAAAAAGGAGAGGAACCAGGUUGUUCCUGGUCGAUGAAAAAGGUUGUGGAAAAAAGAACCAGUAAGUAUAAGCAUUGAUAUUUUGAAGCGGCGGAGCAAUGCUGUGGUGAUUUUUUUUGGAGAAAGCAGAUACAUAGCAGCUGCUGUAUUUCGAAUCAAGCGACGUACAGCAUGUGGUUGAUAUUAGCUGGUAUAGGGCGCGGAAGACGCAAGAGUUAC